AUAGCAUCUGAGGGUGUGGGUCAAAACGCAGGCUGGUGGCCACUCACAAGAUUGCCAUGGUGUAGCUGUGAAGUCUCCUGCUGGCUUGUGGCACGGGCACUUGGUACAUGUUUGGCACACAUGGCAAGUCCCAAGGAGGACAGUGAGGGUGUGGUUCUCCAGGAACUCCGGGAUCUGGUCCUCAUGGAAAAGAACCUUCAGGGAGGAGAGGCCCCAGUACAGGCACCGGAGCAGAGGCCAGCUACUCCCUCUGGGGACAACCAAUCGGUGAAGCCACUGGUUGGUGGUUCUGUGGAGACCUGGGUACCUCUUGCAGAGUCGCUGCAACAUAGCCACACCUGGGAGGAAUCGAUCGAGCCUGUUAUAGGGGAGUCGGAAGGCACAGACUUGGUGCAGGUCAGGAAUGAGAGUAAGAAUGAAAAUGCAGAUGAGUACAAGCAGAAGGGUGGACCAGAUCUAGGGCCUGAGCUGGGGCAGGCCCUGGAGCAGGCUUGUCAUUCCGAAGACCAACAUGGGACACCAAGACUGCCACAGUCAGGUCAAGGGCUUGCACGAUGCGGAUCUAAGAUGGACGAGCUGGAACAUCUUCAGCUCGAGCUCAGCUAUGUGAAAGCGCGCUAUAAUGGAGCCUUUGCCAAGAUAAAAGCAAAGGUAGCCAAAAUGCGCAGAUUAUACUUUGAGCGAAGAAAGACCAUAAUCCAGGCCAUCCCCGGCUUCUGGCCCAAGGCUAUGAUGAACCAUCCCCAGAUGUCGUCCAUCAUCACCAACCAAGAUCAAGACUUACUUCGCUACAUGUUGACCUUGGAGGUGGUGGAGUCCCACCUCGGGCUGAGGAUGUGCAGGAUGAUGUUUUUCUUUAGGGACAACCCAUACUUCCAGAAUGAUAUUGUCACUAAAGACUAUGAUUUCAGCAUCACUGGAUACAAAGAGUCAGAUUCCAGUGUGAUAGAGUGGCUUGGACAGACUGAGUAUGGUUAUGCCAACUUCAAGCUGGACACCACCAGGCUUACUUUCUUCAGCUGGUUGUGUACACGCAAGCUUCCUGGGUCCAGCAGGAUUGCCGAGAUCAUCAUGGAUGACCUGUGGCCAAAUCCGCUUUACUAUUACCCUAAGGAAGACGAGCCAUGAAGGGAGAAUGAGGACCUAGCCAGGUGAGCAGACA